AUUUCUCGAAAUAGAUGUAUUGAAUGGAGAAAUCUGUAAAUCGUGUGGAUAUAAAAUACCAUUAAUAUAUGUGAUUAACAAUCCAUUUAUGCCUUAAUUUUUGGAGAGAAAGGGACGUUGGUUGGUCCCUCCCUCUCUCUUUCUCUCCUGUGUUCUAUCCUGUAUCAUCCGCAGGUGUUGGUCAACGGCAUCAUUGUUGAUGGCUAACUAUGGAUGAUCACCGGCCUCGGUGAUUCUGCAUCAUCAUCAUCUUGUCGUGACAUAUAACCAUAUCCGAAAAGCCAAAUAUAUUGGCUUGAGUUUUCUUCAAUUCUAUUGAAGAAGAAAUACUUCUUGUAAAGGAAACAGAGAAGCCCGGAGCUUAAAGAUGUCAUUGCAUUUGAGUACAUUGUAUAAACAAAAUAAAAUUAAACGAUCAGAUUUGGUGGAUCAGCUACGAGAAUAUCAAAUCCGCUCAAAUCAUAACUGGGCUUCCGUCUCCUUCAUUUCAUCGAACGCUAGAAUUCCUUCAUCUUCUAGGAUGGAUAUGAUGUUGUUUGUAAUUUGGGAACUUCUGAUUCUAUCGUUGAUCGUAUCCUCAGCCAUCUCGUUAUAUUUCAGUCACAUGAGUCUCACUUUAAUAUUAGCAACUGUCUCAUGGUUACUACUAUUAUGUAUGAAGGUAUUCAAGCAAGUAAAAUUGAGCAAGAAAACCAAGCAAAUGAUGAUGCUUCCUUUAUCAAUGUAGAAAUCAUAUAUCAAUGAUUCUUAAUGGUAACCAUACUCUGUCUCAAUUUGUGGUUCAAGAUCGGAACUUUAUGAUGUUUCCAAGAGUACGCUCAUAUGUAGUAGGUUAUGUGUACAUGUAAAUUACAUUGCUCCAAGAACUGAAGUUUACUUG